CCAAAUCAAAUUCUCACUUAUUAUCCCCAAGCAAGAACUUGUUUCCAGUCUUGCGCAAUUCAUAUACUUCCUAAUUCCUAUAUACACACUAUCUUCGUGGCAAAGAUCAUUAGCAGCACUUCAUAAUCUCUCAUUAGAAAAAAGGGAAAUCAGAAGAGAAAUUGCAGAAAUGUCAAUGGGAGGAGGAGAACCAGAUAGAGUUCAAUCGACAGUGCAUAAUCUUGGAUCAAGCUUCGUAGAAGAAGGUAGUUCGCCGCUGUACAACCAAAUGAUUCUACCGGUUUCCUCUCCACCUAGCUCUUACCAGCUCCCCGCCGGAUACGGCGGUGGAGAGGCGCCUCUAACGACUCCAGCUCAGCCCAGUCUCAACCCUAGCGUAACAGAAACGGUCAAGAAGAAGAGAGGAAGGCCUCGGAAGUACGCUCCCGACGGGAGUAGAAACCCCGGGAUGAUGUCUCCGGUAAGAUCUUUGUCCCCGGCCGGGACACGCGCGGCGGGGACGGAAACCUCUCCCAAGAAAACCAGGGGCAGGCCUCCUGGGCGUGGACAGAAGCGGAAAAUGGAUGAAAUUUCCGCUUCGGCUGCUGUUCCUGUAGGAUCACCAGGAGCUGGGUAUGGAUUUAAACCACACGUCAUCACAAUAAAUGCUGGAGAGGAUGUACAGGCAAAAUUGAUGUCAUUUUCUCAAAGCACAUCCCAAGCAAUCUGUAUUAUGUCUGCAAAUGGUGCCAUAUCUAAUGUAUCUCUUCGUCAACCAGCAAUAUCUGGCGGGUCUGUGACGUAUGAGGGACGGUUUGAAAUUCUAUCACUUUCUGGAUCCUUCAUAUACUCUGAAGUUGGUGGUCAGCGCAGCCGAACGGGUGGGUUGAGUGUAUCUCUAGCUGGGCCAGAUGGUAGUGUAUUAGGUGGCAGUGUCGCUGGUCUUCUGAUUGCAGCUGCUCCUGUUCAGGUUAUUGUUGGAAGUUUCCGUGUUGACGUUGAGCAGCUACAGAAGCCAGGCCGUAGUGAGAGGCUGUCUGCCUCUCCUCCUCCUCCUCCACUAGGCAAGCCUCCGGCCAAGGGUCCUAGAAGUCCACCUUCAUUUGGAAGCCUAAGCGAAUCCAGCGGCCCACCCAGCCCUCCGGCUCCUACGGGUCAUAACCAACACCUCCUUGAAACAUCAACUAGCAGUGCGCCUGGAGUCUCAAGCUUUCCGUGGAGCUAGUAUUAGUUGAGCUUUCAAAGUACAAUUCAGGUCCGGUUUACAAUUUUAACUCUUGUAACUUCUCGGUUCUAAGAACUCUACCCCCAACCCCACCCUACCACAUCUUGAAUGCUUCCAUAAGAAGAAACUUUUAGCAAUUUAUUAGUGUAGCGAGCAUGUAAUGGGACGGCCGCUGACUUCGGAAUCUUCUUUUUUUUAGCUAGGUAAGUGACACAGUACUGGGUAGUUCUGAUUUGCGAUUUCCAAGUAAAAUUGAGUUCAGUUUUUCUUCUUCUAUUGUCUAGCCACGGAUACUUCACUACUUAUGUAGGAUAUCCCUAUUCCGUACCAACGUAUAGUACGUUCUUGGGACAUAUUUGUAACUUAUUAAAAGUUUUCAAUUUUGUUUUGUAAUUAUUUGAAAAAUU